GCUGAGGGUGCGCGAUGUCUGUUGACAGCGGCGGCGGCGGUGCUGCCGGUUCCGGGUUCUGCGCGGGGCGGGGGAUGUGAGUCCCGAUGGAGCAGCCCGAGCAAGGCGAGCAGCGGGCCCCGCGGCAGCCAUGGGGCAGGCUUCUCCGCCUGGGCGCCGAGGAAGGCGAGCCGCACGUCUUGCUGUGGAAGCGGGAGUGGACCAUCGGGCGGAGGAGAGGUUGUGACCUUUCAUUCCCCAGCAAUAAGUUGGUCUCUGGAGAUCACUGUAAAAUUGUAGUGGAUGAAAAAUCUGGUCAGGUGGUGCUGGAAGAUACCAGUACCAAUGGAACAGUAAUUAACAAGCUGAAGGUCGUCAAGAAGCAGAGUUGCCCUUUACAGACUGGGGAUGUCAUCUACUUGGUGUACAGGAAGAAUGAGCCAGAACACAAUGUGGCGUACCUCUAUGAAUCUUUAAAUGAAAAGCAAGGCAUGACACAAGAAUCCUUUGAAGCUAAUAAAGAAAACGUGUUCCACAUGACCAAAGAUACCUCAGGUGCAGGGCGAGGUGAUGAACCCCAGCUCCCACCACCAUCGCCUGCCACUCAGGCUUGUUUUGAGGAACCACAGCCAUCAACGUCGACCUCAGACCUCUUCCCCACGGCCUCUACCUCUUCCAUGGAGCCUGCUUCUGCAGGGCGAGAACUCUCCAGUUCCGGGUCUGGGGGUGCAGGCAUCUCCACAAAAGGACAUAUCCCAUUCGUGGCAAGUGGUGACAUCUCCAGCUCUGCCUCAGCUCUCCCAGUCAGAGAGGGAGCAUCCUUUUCCUUGUCGGAACCCCAGGAUCAAGAGGAUUUGGAGCCCAUUAAAAAGAGGAUGAAAGGAAACAGGGAGCUUGACCUGAACCUGCACUUGUUAGUCACAGACCAAUGUAGAAACACCCAGACUAUCUGCGAGGAGGUCAGAGCUGUGGCUGUGAAGCCAGACAAGAUGGAGGAGACACUCACGUGCAUCAUCUGCCAAGACCUGCUGCAUGACUGCGUGAGUUUGCAGCCCUGCAUGCACACAUUCUGUGCAGCUUGCUACUCUGGCUGGAUGGAGCGCUCGUCCCUGUGCCCCACAUGCCGCUGUCCAGUGGAACGAAUCUGUAAAAACCACAUCCUCAACAACCUCGUGGAAGCGUACCUUAUCCAGCAUCCAGACAAGAGUCGCAGCGAAGAAGAUGUGCGAAGUAUGGAUGCCAGGAACAAAAUCACUCAAGACAUGCUGCAGCCCAAAGUCAGGAGGUCUAUUUCUGAUGAAGAGGGGAGUUCAGAGGACCUGCUGGAGCUGUCAGACGUUGACAGUGAAUCCUCAGACAUUAGUCAGCCAUACAUCGUGUGCAGACAGUGUCCUGAGUACAGACGGCGGACGGCACAGCCCCUUCCCUGCCCAGCACCCGACAGUGAGCCAGGGGCUCCUCAGGCUCUCGGGGACGCGCCCUCGACAUCUGCCAGCCUCACAACAGCCUCAGGUUACGUGUGUCCCCUGCAAGGCAGCCACGCCAUAUGUACCUGCUGCUUCCAGCCCAUGCCUGACCGGAGAGCCGAGCGCGAGCAGGACCCCCGUGUUGCCCCUCAGCAGUGUGCAGUUUGCCUACAGCCCUUCUGCCACCUGUACUGGGGUUGCACCCGGACCGGCUGCUUCGGCUGCCUGGCCCCGUUCUGUGAGCUCAACCUGGGCGACAAGUGUCUAGACGGAGUGCUGAACAACAACAGCUACGAGUCUGACGUGCUGAAGAAUUACUUGGCAGCCAGGGGUUUAACGUGGAAAAACAUGUUGACGGAAAGUCUGCUGGCUCUUCAGCGGGGAGUAUUUCUGCUGUCUGAUUAUAGAAUCACUGGAAAUACUGUGCUGUGUUACUGUUGCGGCCUGCGCAGUUUCCGAGAACUGACCUAUCAGUAUCGGCAGAACAUUCCUGCUUCCGAAUUGCCAGUGGCUGUAACAUCCCGUCCUGAUUGCUAUUGGGGCCGUAACUGCCGCACUCAGGUGAAGGCUCAUCACGCAAUGAAAUUCAAUCAUAUCUGUGAACAGACGAGGUUCAAGAACUAAGCCUCAGGGAGGCACCAAGAUAGCUGCAGAAUCCUGGUGGCAGUGACAGUGCAUUUGAAAAAUACCUAAUACAAACACUUGAAGGGCAUUUUUACAGUUCCCCUGUGGGACGUUGGGGGUCUCUGGUCAGGUACUCUGGUGUGACUUUUCUUUUGUGGAGCUUUACCCUCUAAGUGAGACCCUCCCAAGUGGCCUGGGAGGCCCUGGGUGGCCACAGCCUGUCUGGUGAGUGCCAGGCAGGAACAUGCAGUGGCAGGAGCAAUGGACACUGAAGCUCUUUCUGCCAGACAGACUGUCAUUCCCUCCUGCUGAGAUGGUGACAGUGCAGUUUUGCUCUUUUUGUACCUUUUCCAGAACUAAUGGUUAAAACAGAAAUCUCUUUUCAGGAAAAGUUUCGUGGGAGAAAGGAGAAAGUUUAUCAGAAACAUUCUGUUUUAAGGAAAAGGGAGCAUAAGUUUACAGCCUACAAGAUGUACAGAAUAUUCUGCUGUUGGGAAACCCACAGCAUUUUAUAUAUUUUUUAUUUUAAUAGGUUUGGUGCUUAUCUUCUAAUAAGAUUUAAAUAUCACAAACUGUAGCACAAAUAAUAUAAUUUGUAAUUUACAAUUUCACUAAAAUGGGGAAUAGUAUGGUAUUUGAAAGAAUAAGCAUAUAUUCCUGUUUAUUAAAAAAAAAAAAAAAAAUCAUUAAAUGCCCCAAACUCCUAACCCUAGACAUGGGUCAUUUAGCAGAUCCUGGCUAACGUGUGUGUGUUGGGUUGCCAUUGUCCCUAGCACAGGGCUGGCCGGAGCCCUGGCUAUGCAGCAGGGACAAGGCCCAGGACACACUGCUCCCUCGUGCUGGCCCAACUGCAGCCAAAAGCCCUCCUCAUCCCUCUGGAGCAGCAACUCCCACUGGACCCUGCAGAGCUCAAGAAGGAGCCCUUUUCUCCCACAUUAGGUUUGCCAUGUCAUCUGGAAUAAUACUUGAAAUUUUGGUUUUUGUAAAAAAAAAAAAAAAAAAAAUUUAUCUUUCAUUGAAAUCACCUGUUUUGUUUGUUUGCAAACUGGUAACGUUUUUCCUUCUCAGGAAUAUGAUUUUC